CUCGUACGCGCCGACAACAUCCGCGCCCUCGACGCGCCCGACGCCACGCCCGACCUACGCACCCACGACGCCGGCGCCGACGCCCGCGACGCCCUUCCCCACGACGAGACCGACUUUGUCCUGCGACGAGGUCGCCAAUGCUUCCAUGGAAUCGCUGCUCAAGGGAACCUACACGUCCAUGGAGGACGCCUACGACAACGAACGCUACGGCCACGCGACCUACGACUGCGCGGUGGAGCUCAUCGAGAAUCAUCAACAGUACGACAAGGCCGAGCCGUACCUCUGGUGCGUUUUGGGCCAUUGCGCCGGCUGCGACGAUGGGCCGUGCCCGACGGCAGUCGUGGACCUGGAGACGACGGCGGAGUGCGAGAGCGCGGUUUAUAACUACCUCGGCUUCGUGAACCGCAAGAAGGCGGCGCCGGACUACGACCACGCCCGGACCUACUACGACAAGGCGCUGGAGCUGUGGCCGGGGAAUUGUGGUGCGAUGUCCUAUAUGACGGAGCUCCACCUGACCUUAAAUAAUGCGACGGCCGCCUCGACGACGCACGCGCGGCUCUGCGAGGAGUGCGACGAAUCGUUCGCGGCGCCUUUGGUGGCCUCGAUGGGCGCCUGCCCGUCGCCAACGGUGACGACGGAAGUCAAGGGCCAGGCGACGCUGGCGGGGCUGUCGCUGGCGGACGCGCAGCAGAACGAAUUUGUUAUCGUGGCCGCCCUCGCGGACCUCCACGAGGUUGAAACGACCGCCGUCGCCGUCGCCUUCUCCUCGUAUACGCGGCGCCGCCUUUCCGGGGGCGUCGUCGUCUCCUACACCAUCGCCUACGACGACGUGGCGCCCGCGCUAGCCCUCGACGCGGCCAUGUUUGAUCAGGCUCUAACGGACGCGGCUGCGGCGUCGGGCGUGGCCGACGUCUUCGACGCCGUCGAGACCGUGGCGUUCGGUGGUUCCGAAGCUCCGGUCGCGGCGGCGUCGGAAAGCGAGGAAAGCGGAGUGGUCAGCGACGCCGCCUUCCGUCCGCUCGGUCGCGGGGUCCUCCUCGCGGCCGCGGCGGCCGCGUGUCUCCUCUAG